AGCCAAUAGGGAGAGGGAUUGCUCUGGGGUAUCAAGAUGGCAGCGCGCAGGUCUCUGAGGAAAGGGAAAGAGGCUGGGAUGGAGUGAGCCCCGAACCCUUUGGCCUCAGUUGAAGAAGAGAUCGGGACUCGCCGGUCGAGGUCGGGCAUUGUAUCCCGCUGUGGAGAAGAAGCGCUAUGAGGUGACGGGAAGAUGGCGAGCGACGGGGGGAAGAAGCAGUUUUGGAAGCGGAAUGUGUCUCGGGUGCCGGGCAGUAUUCAACAUGUGUAUGGAGCUCAGCAUCCUCCUUUUGAUCCACUAUUGCAUGGAAAUUUAAAACAAGGAACCAAGCCUCCUACAACCCCAGUAAAAACAAAGAAAGUCAGCACAUUUCAGGAAUUUGAAAGCAACACGAGUGAUGCCUGGGAUGUAGGAGAAGACGAUGAUGAACUUUUAGCAAUGGCUACAGAAAGCCUCAACACAGAUGUAGUCAUGGAAACGGCCAACAGAGUAAUUCAGAAUCACAGCAAAUUACAAGAGCAGCACAAAUUGCAGGAGGAACAGAUAGAAAGGGAACAGCCACAGAAAAAUUCAGAAUUGCCUUCUGCUGCAUGUGGUGACAACAGACUGAUUAAAUCUGUCAGUGAAACAAAUGCAUCAAGUUCUGCAGAUGACACUAAUGCAAAUACUUCUGUGCCAAGAUCUCAGUCUCUUCCGCAAGCCUCUACAUGUGCACUUACUGGUGGAGUUGCCGAUAAUUCCUCUGGUAUUCAUAUAUUACCUGAAAGAGAAGCAUUGCGAUUAGAUAAAUUCAAACAGCUUCUUGCUGGCCCAAAUACAAACCUUGAAGAAUUGCGGAAGCUGAGUUGGUCAGGAAUUCCAAAAUUUAUACGACCAAUUACAUGGAAGCUCCUGUCAGGUUAUCUUCCUGCAAAUACAGAUAGGCGAGAAGGCACUUUGCAAAGAAAACGGAAAGAAUACUUUGCUUUCGUUGAACAAUAUUAUGAUUCAAGAAAUGAAGAAACUCACCAGGAUACAUAUAGACAGAUUCAUAUAGAUAUUCCUCGCAUGAAUCCAGAAGCUUUAAUUCUUCAGUCCAAAGUAACAGAGAUUUUUGAAAGAAUUUUGUUUAUCUGGGCAAUACGUCAUCCAGCCAGUGGAUAUGUUCAGGGCAUAAAUGAUCUGGUGACUCCUUUCUUUGUUGUCUUCACUAGCGAAUAUACAGAAGAAGAUUUGGAAAAUUUUGAUGUUUCCAGUCUUUCCACUGAGGUACUGCAGAAUAUUGAAGCUGACAGCUUCUGGUGCAUGAGCAAACUGCUUGAUGGCAUUCAGGAUAACUAUACCUUUGCUCAACCUGGUAUUCAGAAGAAAGUGAAAAUGCUGGAAGAGCUUGUUAGUCGGAUUGAUGAGCAAGUACAUAAACACAUAGAUCAACAUGAAGUAAAAUACCUUCAGUUUGCUUUCCGUUGGAUGAACAACUUACUGAUGAGAGAAGUGCCCCUGCGAUGUACUAUAAGGCUUUGGGAUACAUACCAGUCUGAACCAGAAGGUUUUUCCCACUUCCACCUAUAUGUCUGUGCUGCCUUCCUUGUCAGAUGGAAAAAAGAAAUCCUUGAAGAAAAAGACUUCCAAGAACUACUAAUCUUUUUACAGAAUUUGCCUACGAUGCAUUGGGGAAAUGAAGAUAUCAGUGUUCUCCUUGCUGAAGCCUACAGACUGAAGUUUGCAUUUGCAGAUGCACCGAACCAUUACAAGAGAUAAAAAGAAAUUACGAAGUGUGGCUCUGAUUGUGACACCAAAUCAGUUUCUAUAUUGUGGUUGUGCUGGAACACAGUUGUCAACUGUUGAGCAAGAAGCUAUUGGAUUACCAAAGAAAUGAGAGUACAGGCUUGGGGAAAACGUUGUGUACUUAAAAAGAAAUAUUCUUGUUCACCGAUUAAAAAAAAUAAAUUUUAUUUUCAUUAUGGUCCCUUUUUUCUUUGGUAAUUGAGUUACUCUGCAAAUGUGUUAUGUUCAUUGGGAUCUAAUGACUGAUUAUGUUGUCUCCAUCAGUUUUAUUCCUAGUCAAUUAUGUUCAACAUUUUGAUGGAAGUAUUUUUGGUGUCUGAGGUGCAUGCAAGCUAACAAGAAUAAUCAGUCUUGCAUUGAAAAUGAGUACAAAUAAAUUAGGCAAAAAGGUCAUAUAGAGGUUGUUGCACACUUAUUUUGUUCACAAACACAGGAUAUUUAACUUCUUUUAAUAGAAAUGUUGUUUACACAAUGAAACCCAGGAGUAGAUUUUUAUGGAACACAAUAUUUAAAACUUGAAAAUAGUGCCACAUGCAUGGUGAAAUAAGAUCCUCAGAUGUUUUACUCAGCAGUGUGCAGAUAAUGUUUACUAUGUUAUUUGAUGUUAGAGUUUCCAAAAUAUAUUGACUAUAGAAUAGGAAAUAAGUUUGGCUUGCCAUAAUGUAUUAUUAAGUUAAUGGUUUUAAACCUUUUUGAGCAUGUAGAUCUUUUAGUUUCAAUAUUUUCCUAGAUAAAAUCUUACUUUAUAGAUGAAGAAUAUAUUUUGAUGUGCUAAUUGCCUUAUUUUGAAUUUAUGAUAUGAUAGGGCACUUGACAAUGUGAUUUGGUAUGAGUAUGGGUAUACUUCAGAAUAUAAGCAUGGAGUUGCAGUGUGUUGGUCAGGGUUAGAAAACUGCACUGAUUAAGUCUUUUCAAAUCUACUCUCUUGCAUCCAUCAUGCAGAGUUCUUGAUUAAUUAAGACUCAAUUUAUAUUAAAAAAUGUAUGUUUAGCAGCAACUUAUCGAAGGAAUUCAGUGAAAGGACUUUAUUAGUAAUAUAAAUGAUUUGGCUUUCUAAAAUAUUCACCAACCAUUUUUUGAAGAGUCCAGUUUAACAGACUCAAGCAGUUAAUGUUUCCACUACAUUUUUUAAGCAAAAGGUGAUUUAUUCUUUUAAGACUAUCUUAUCUCACAUACAGUUGACCAAGCCAAGUGUUCUUGAUUUUCAUAUAGAGUAAAGGUUGUUGCAAAAGUACCAAUGAUACCAGUAUGCUUCUACUAAAUAUGAUCUAUGAAAACCUCUUUAUCACUCAUAUCUUCACUAAGUCCUGAAUCAAUCCAAACUAUAAAUGGAGUAACAUAAUAUUAGAAGCUCUUCAAGUGUGCCUUUAAGUCUUUAUUUGAAUGCCUUAGUGUGGUUGUAUACAGUAUGUUGACUUCCUUUCUGUAUGUAUAGAUGCCAAAAUACAUGAUAAUUACAGGAAAUAGAACUAUUUUUCUGGCCUUUCAUAGGCUGCAAAGAUGUUUCAAAGUUUCUUGUUUAAAGAUAUUUUGUUCAGUAGAGUAUUUGCCAUAUUCUCUUUCUGACAUUGUUUAACUAUGCAUUUGGAUUGUAUUGGGCUACGUGAUUGUGAAACAUACUCCAGUUCCAUUUGAAUUCCUCAUUUUCAAAUGCAUGCUUUUUAAUAGCUUUAUUGAACAAAGCAGAGUAGUUCUGUUAUUAUUGUAACACAGAAGCACAGUCACAAAGAGGAUAUAAUUAUUGAGAACUUCCAGAUCAGUACUGAUCUGAGAGGGAUACAUUAUUGAGGAGUUACGCCAUCACUUUCUGUUAAAGUAUCUGUUAAUUCUAAUCCUAUCAUCCAUCUACUAAUAUACCAUGCAGAGUCUGAGUCAUUCACAGCCAAUGUAUUCCAAUAGAUUCUUGACUUUAAUCAUAUAAUGGAAAUAACAUUUAGGAAGGUUCUUAGCCACAAGGGUUAAGCGAUUCUUAAACAUAAUGAUACUUUAAAGUUCAGUGUAUUAUUAUUUUUAAAUUGUCAGAUUAUGUCAAAUAAAAUGUAUAAAACUUUCCCCGCCCUCAAGAAAAAAACCCAGUUGAAAUGCAAUGAGAGUGAAAAUUGUAUGAAUCAUUACAAAAGAAAAUAAGAUAUAGAGAACAUGGAUUUGUACUUUUUAAAAUUGUAUAAUUUGCAUAGGAAUAUCUCGUAUGUAAAAUGGGUCUGUUUUAUUGUGUUAAAUGUAUUGGGAGAAAUGAAAAAAAUCUUUGUUAAUUCCAUUUGAUAUGACUUUCACGCUUUGUUAGGAUCAUUAUUGCUUCCUCUUCAAAACUGAAUAAUAUUUCAUGCUGUGAACAAAAAACCAUGAGUGCAUCAGAAGCAAAGGAUGCCUCUGUCCUCCAAUGUUGUACAAAAAUUGGGUAUUUAAGACAGCUGAUAUCAUUCUGGUCAUCUGAUAUAUUAUCUGUGUACUUAUUUUUUUUCCUUGAAAUUGUGUCUUGAUUUCUUUGUAUAACUCAGGAAAAGUGCCAUCCCAACCGGCUGUUAUGUGGAAAAAAUAUUUCUGCUGCUUUUACAUCCCUUUGUUAAAAUUUUGAAUUGCUAUCUAAUAUCAAUAUUCUUCCAUUUAAGAUUUACUAACAUAGAAAAGAUAUUGGAACAAUUCAAUAAUUUAGCAUGAUUUGUAAUGUUAUAUUGAAGGCUUAAAGCCUUCUUGUCAUAAAUGCAAUAUUAAUUGUACAGUGAAGAUAACCAAUUUCUAUCUAUAGUAUAUGCUUAGUAGUGUAAAUAAAAACAAUGUACUAAAUAUGUAAAUAUGAAAUAUGAAAGAUACAACUAUCUUGCAAUCGCCUGUACAUCUCAAACAUACUAUAACAAACUAGUUGCACUAGUCUUUAAUUUCAUAUGGAAAAGCCCAUAGAUUUGUAUUACAUCAAUAAAAUGUAAUUAAUACCCAA